GCCAUCAUCUCUCGCAAUUACGGAUUGCCUUUCCCGCUACCAAAUGGUACGAAAAGAUAUCACCUAAUUCAGCGCCCAUCCGGAACAUCCGUGGCCGUACGGUGGAGUGGCUCAUUUUCGGACAGCUCGUGCAGGAAAUGGAAAUGGUGCCAAUCAAUGUUGGCAACGGAUUCGCAGCUGGAGGCUCAUCAUGACCGGUGGUAAAGGAGCUGAUGUUGCCGUUUCUGCAGUUUGGUUUCGAGUGCAUUGGCGGAUUUGCCAACCCACGUUAUGAUAACAUUCCAUGAUCCUUUUUUAUAUAUUUAUUUUUGGACACUCUCUGCUUUAUCGGGUUAUUAUUGGGUGCCACUGCAGCCACCACCACCGCAAACCUCUACUAGUCUGCUGCGAUCCUGUCCGACUGUCAUCCGACUAGCCUGUUCGAGAUUCCAACGAUGACCACCUCACCGGUACCGACCUGCUUUGCCCACUUUCUACUGGCCGCCGUUACGGGAUGGGCGCUGAAACAUACGCCCGCCGCUUAUGGUGCACCGUUCGCGAGCGGAAUGCUUCUGUUCCUGCUGGCACACAGUCUACUCGGCAUGCUACGGUUUGCCCACCCGCAACCACACCAACGACUGCGCCAGCUGUACGAGCGCAGUUUGUUGCUGUCCAAGGUAUGCGCGCUGCCCCUUCUGAACACCCAGCUGUACCUGCGCCACCUCCAAUCCAGCGGUGUUGAAGGUUUUGGGGCUACAGGGCCAGCCUCUCACACGCUGUUGCGGUACGCUUUCAGCUAUGGCUUCCUUCUUUCGGCCGCGAUCGCUUUCCUAGUUGGCUGUGCGUUUAGCGAGCUGGCCCAGCGGCAUCUGGCGGAGCAUGUAGCGACCGCGAUGCUGCUGAUCAAUGGCGUCGCGCUGUGCGGCAUCGCCACUAUCACCCUUAACUAUUGGGGCAUUGGCUUGGUCUUGUCCAGCGUCGGUAAGCAUUUUGUCCUACACCGGCUAGUCGAGCGAUUCAGUGUACCGUUCAUCGAUCUGCACACCUACGGCCUGAUAUUCUACGAGAUAUUCGCCGUCAACGCCGUACUGCACCUGCAGUACUACCCGCGUUCGCUGGUGAUACAGUAACGCGUGCUCUCUCUUCCUCCUUCCGUUACCUCACCCUCGACUUCUCGUUGUGGUGGAAAGACUUAUAGAGAACGGUUCCGUAUAACCCUAGACUAAGGAAUGGUGCUACGGUAGUUUUAUGAUUUUUUUUUCACAUGCAUGCAUGCAUUAGACGGAAUCAUUAUUCCUUUCUGUAUCCUUCUACCCCUGUUUACCUCUGCCGUUGUUGGCUGCCUCAAAUGAUUGUUGAUUUUUACACUUGAGUGCUUGAUAAGAAUGGGCGAAACAGUUGUUACAUAUACCUGGGCGAUCUAUAUUAUGAGUAGCGUUAGAAGGACUAUUGUGGCUUGUUUACCUUACCCCGUCGGACGUACUUAUGAUAAAUGUUGUUUGAUUAUACAAAGCUAUAUUAUAUACAAAUAUAUAUGUAACAUAUAUGUACCCUAAAAAUAUAUACCAUUCGGGUUGCAAUGGUAUAUAUUUGGUUUUUUUAAAUAUACAUAUUUU